UGGUCAUCUCUAGAGGAAAAACAUAGCCAAGAGAAACGCAAGUAAGGUACAAAACAAGUCAAUAAAAGUCUGGAAUUUAAGCAAGCCAUUCGAAGCAUUAUUGUUGUCUUGCAAAAAGUUUUUUGGUUUAUUGUGUCAGUUUCGCCGCGUGAUUCAUCAAAGCCGAAAAAGAAAACUUUGAAGCCUUCUAAUAAUUUUCAAUUGUGAUCAAUAUGCCGACCAUCAAGUUGCAAUCCUCCGAUGAGGAGAUUUUUGAUACUGAUAUACAAAUCGCCAAAUGCUCUGGCACCAUUCGGACCAUGCUCGAGGAUUGCGGCAUGGAGGAGGAUGAGAAUGCCAUUGUUCCGCUGCCCAAUGUGAACUCAACCAUAUUGCGCAAGGUUCUAACCUGGGCGAAUUAUCACAAGGAUGAUCCACAGCCCACCGAGGACGAUGAGAGCAAGGAGAAGCGAACCGAUGACAUCACAUCGUGGGAUGCAGAUUUCCUUAAAGUGGAUCAGGGCACCCUAUUUGAAUUGAUCUUGGCUGCCAACUAUUUGGACAUCAAGGGAUUGCUGGAGCUAACGUGCAAGACUGUGGCCAACAUGAUCAAGGGCAAGACUCCGGAGGAUAUACGCAAGACAUUUAACAUCAAGAAGGAUUUCACGCCCGCAGAGGAGGAGCAGGUGCGCAAGGAGAACGAAUGGUGUGAGGAGAAGUAGAGUGCUGAAGCUGAAGAGUGGAUGAUGGAUGCAUUCUUCGGCUGUCAGUUGGCUAUAGUCGGAACAGAGAAGCAGGAGGAUAACAAUGCGCGCUAAAUUUAAAAACAGCUUCGUUAUUUAACAAAGAAUAUAAAGAAAAACAUAACAAAAUACCUAAAUAAAAAAAAACACAAAAAACAAAAACAAUUGAUUGAAAAAUUCGUUUUCGCGAGUAAAAUGAAUUUUGCUUAAAUAUCAAUUACAAAAAUAUUAAAGUAAGAAACACAAUCUCCAAAAACUAAA